AUGUCCGCGGGCGGGUACGACUGCGUGUUUCUGGGGCGCAAGCCGCGCGCGCCAGGUGAGCAGCGCAUGGUCCUUCGACAGCAGAUACGCGAAAAGGACGCGAUGAUCGAUAACCUUCUCAGCCAAGUCAACCCUGGACCUACCAUGGCGACGCCGCUUACGCUCGUUCCCGCGCGCCUGCCGCUCAACCAGAAGGAGCGCGCGGACUACCGCGACGUGCUCAGCUAUCUCGAACGCAGUUCGCAACAAGCCAAUCAACGUCUCAUGGGCGACCAACGGGUUAAGUUCGAGAUUGCGGCGCUGGAAGACGUUGUGUCGGAGGACGAUUCGAUGACAUCUGACGACGAAGCUGGCGGCGCGGGCAGCCACGCGGGCUCCUCCAGCCCGAAGCGAGAGCGGGAGUCCUCUCCGACCCUGCGCGCCACGGAAUCCGUGCCUCCACGCGCCGUUGAGUCAAUCCUGGAGCCGGGCGCGCCGACAUUCAUCAUGGCCACCGCGGCGCUCCAAAACGCGCGCAAGCCCGUCCCAACUGAGAGUGCGAGCGAUAGCACUUCCUCGGCCGCCGGAGCGGCGUCAAACGUGGAAGCGGGUGUGGCCGCAGACAACUACUACCUCCCCGGUCCGCAUGCCAAUCUGCAACUUCGUCGGCUCAUCAUCGAAAGGCAGGCUGCACCGGACAUUCUACUCUCAGGGCUGGUGACGCCAGAGGACGCGACGGCGUUGUUUGAGAUGUACGUCGCGACGUUAUGUUGCGGAUGCCCAACACUACAAGUGGAUCAACUCUGUACGGUGGCUUCCAAGUAUUACAAGGAAAAGCCGCACAUCUACGGGAUGGCGAUCCAUUUUGCGAAGGCAGCGGCUGCAAACGCGGUCAUUGACGGCUGGAAGACGGUCGAGAUGACCCAGGCAUUCGCGCUCUGGAGCGUGUACAACCCACCCGCUCGGCGGUGGGAAGAGGACCGCGCGUGGUGUUACACGGGCAUUGCAUUCCGAUUGGCUACCGAACUGAAUCUAAGCCGUUACCCUGACCAAUUUGCCGAUGAGCGCUCUGAGCGUGAGAGCCACAACCGCACGCGCAUGUGGCUGAUGUGCUUCAUCAUGGACCGCUGCCUGAGUAUCCAGUCCGGAAAGGCCUGGAUGGUUCAGGAGGACGCGACGAUCCGGGACGCGGCAUCCUGGGCCAAGAACUUCAAGUACCACCAACAGUGCGACAACUAUCUCGUGAGCCUGACGGAGCUGCUCAUCAUCAUGUCCCGCUUCGUGGGCACGGUCAACCCCGCGUUUGGGACAUCGUCGGUCGAGUCGGUCGACGAGAUCGACUUCGCGGCGCUCUACAAGGCAUACGAUGAUGAGUUGCUCGCCUGGAAGGCCGUGGUUGACAUUCGCCACGACGGUGAGAAGAUGUCGAAGGAUCCCGCGGUGGUGAUGCAAAUAACGCUCAUCCAUUGCGUGCAUCACUACUGCCGCUUGGUCAUCUGCUGCUGCGGGAUGCAACUCCUCUCCAAGGAUCCGAAGACCGUGAAGCCCAGCGAGCUUUUUGCCGGCUGCGUGCAGGCAGCCACGAGCCUCGUGAAGCUUAUGGUUGAAGACUUCCUGCCGAGCGGAUUUGUGCCCUACUUCCCAGAGCUCGUAUACGUCCACUCCGCGUUCGCGGCGGUCGUGCUCAUGAAGUGCCUUCGUCCCGAGUUCAACUGCUACCUGGACAUUGAACAGGAGGAGCGUAUCAUCCUCCUUGUCAGCCGCCUCUUCGAAACGUGGACCUCGGACAAUUUUUCCCUCGACGAACGCCACAACCCGCAAAUCUACGCGCGUUUCGUCAAAGGUCUCAUGGAGUCGCACCUCACCCGCCUGGCUGAUAAGAAGCGCGCCGCGGCCGUGCAAGCGAGCGGCACAUACUCGGCGAACUCUGUUCCACCGCCGCCGCCUCCUCCCCAGCCUCAGCCUCAACCUCGGACCCCCGAACAGUACACCAACGGCGCCGGUCGACACGGCGUGCCCACAUCCCCUAUCAACCCUUCACCCACCUUCUCUUCCACGCCUUCCAGCCUUGCUGCGGCAGCGGCGUCUAUGUCUCCGCAUUCGCCUGUGCUCUUCGGAUCGCCUGGCACAGAGAUGCCCUUCGGGGACCUGUACGCGACCGAUCUCGAUAUCACGCAGCUCGCGGCGGCCGCAGGACAACAUAUGGCGGACACCUCGUCGUCGAGCUCUCUGGCUGGUGCUGCCGGUGGCAUGUUGAACGUGCCUUGGGAUGCGCUCUUCUCGACGGCGAGCGGAGACUUGUCCGGAGGCGUCUUGAGCGGACCUUUCGGCAGUGGUGACGUGACGAGUAUGAUGGGCGGAGAAUCGCUCGCGGCGCUCAUGGGCCUCGAGAGCGAUGCGUGGUUCUUGCCGAGCUGA